CUGCGGCUGCCCCGAGGCGAGGGUGGCUGAGGCGCUGUCACCCCACCGGGCACCGCCUGUCACCCCACCUGAACAUCCAUGGGCCCACCCAGCCCGCUCGGCAGCCACAGCUCCGCGUCCUCCUCCGUUCUCCAGGACUGGGUCUCGAGGUCACCCGAGGGUCCCCGAGUCCCCGGAGCUCCAGUCCAAGCGUGGGCCCCCUCGUCGCCUUCUGCCCGCGCUUCCAUUCUAGGAGACCCGGGACUCCGGGCUGAGCUCAGGGCGCAGAGCCCUCGCGGCUCCAAAGUCGGGGCGCGACCCGCCUUCCCACGCCGUGGGCCCCGGGCAGAUGUCCCAAGUGAGCGGCCAAAGCCCCUCUCGCCACGACGCGCCCCAUGGAGCCCCUGGCGCAGCCGUGGAGCCAGGCCAAGACAGGACAGCAAAGCCCCGGGGCCCUUCCUUGGCCACCCAAGACGACCACCGAGGGGACGCAGCAGACUCAGAGCAGCACUGGCCGGGCCAGGUGGCCAGGCCCACGCCCUGGGCUCCCCCAGUGGCCUCCUCCUUCCCUGCCUUCAGAGCCCCAGACUUCUGCCCAGCACUGCGGACUCGCAUUCCGGCACCAGCCCAGACUGUGUCACUCCUGCCUGGGCCUCAGGUAGGAGCAGGACCUGCUCAUCCUGCAGAGGCAGCAUCGCAGGAGGGCUCCCCGGAGGAGGCUGCACCUCCCAUGCCCCAAGGCAGCAGCCCUGGGGCUCUGCAGGCCCUGGACAGCACUGACCGAGAUGUCCCCAUAGAAGCUGUGACGUGCCAGCCUCAGGGGAACCCCUUGGGCUACACCCCAUUACUGCCGAAUGGCUCCAGCCACCCCUCAGAGCCGGGCAGUGCCAGGCGGGCUGGGAACGGUGCUCUCGGGGGCCCCAAGGCCCACCGGAAGCUGCAGUCUCACCCGUCCCUGGCCAGCCAGGGCAGCAAGAAGAGCAAGGGCAGCACGAAGUCAGCCUCCUCCCAGAUCCCCCUGCAGGCACAGGAAGACUGCUGCGUGCACUGCGUGCUGUCCUGCCUGUUCUGUGAGUUCCUGACUCUCUGCAACCUGGUUCUGGACUGCGCCGCCUGCGGCUCCUGCGGCUCAGAGGCCUCCUGCCUGUGCUGCUGCUGCUGCUGCUGCGGCCCCGGCGAGGGCGCCGACUGUGACCUGCCCUGCGGCCUGGACUGCGGCAUCCUGGACGCCUGCUGCGAGUCUGCCGACUGCCUGGAGAUCUGCAUGGAGUGCUGCGGCCUCUGCUUCUCCUCCUGACCAGCGAGGGACGAAGGGGUGGGCGCACGCACCCCUGUCCGCACGCCACUCGGCCUCUCCCGGCCGGCCGGGGACUGUCAGGGUGGGGCGGGGCGGGGUCCCAGGGCUGCAGAGCACUGUGAACGCCGGGGAGGGGAGGGACAGGGUCCUCAUUCCCGGGGUCCCCUCCCCUGUGCCUCAGCGGGAGGACAGCGAAAUGUGAAAAGAGCCCCUUCUGGGCCUGCCCUGUCCCGAGGGUCCUUCCCUGACCCACACAGUGGCCUGGGGUGGGAUGGGAUGGGGCGGCACAGCCAAGACUGGAAGGGCAGAGGGGCUCGGAGGGAGGGUCUGUGCUAUUUGUCGCUGUAAAUAAAGACAUUUGUCCAUCUCUGCAUCCUCCCACCCGGUGCCAAUGCUCAAGCGAACUCUGCACCCAUGAGGCCACCCUGCCCUCGGG